AAUGAAAUUUACUAAAAAAUAAUCUUUAACUCCAUAAAAUGUUAUGCCCCUUUCAUUACUUCGCAAGUCUUUUUAGAAUUUAAUCAAAGAUAAACCAUAAAAUAGAGAUUAGGAUAAACAAACACCAUAUACAUCAAUUUUAUCAGACAGACCUGCAUUCGAUAAAAAUAAAGUACAUAUCAAACAAUAUCAAUUUUUAUUAGAUUUUAAAUAUACUGUCAAAUUUGAAUUUUCAAAAGAAAGGAUAGAGUUCACUUCAUCAGUAAAGUUCACUCCAUUAAUAGGCAUCUUGGAGACCUAUGGAAAUAAAAAGAGGGUCUAGUUCUUCAGCCCAUCUUAAAUCUAAUUUAUAUUCAAUAAGCAAAAAAUGA